AUGAAGAUCCUUGCUCUCCACGGUCUCGGCUCGUCAUCCUCGCUGCUGAAAGAGCAACUGGCGCCCUUCGUGAGGGCAUUGGGCAAAGAGUACCAGUUCAAGUUUCUAGAUGGAGCAAUACCUUGCGGGAGAGGCCCAGGCGUCCCGGCUUGGGCCUCCGGGCCCUUCUAUUCAUACGCAACAGGCUUCACUCCAGCGGAGAUGCGUCAAGCUCUCCGCCACUUAGAUGAUUUUAUCAAAGAGCACGGUCCUUUCGACGGCGUGUUUGGCUUCAGCCUGGGUGCUGCCCUUGCGAUAACCUAUAUGCUGGAUCAGCAACAAAAGCAAGCUUCUUCGCCAUUCUGUUUUGCUGUCAUGUUCUCGCCCAUCUUUGUUGUUUCACCUGAUGAUAGCUAUUGUGAGCAGCUUCUGCGGCGAUGGCUAGCAGAUGAGCAUGCAGUGUUUCGGUCCAAGUUCCCCGAUGGCGAUUUUAUGACGGAGUUGGAAGAUCCGUCCGAGCGAACGCUUGCCCAGUAUCUGCAGCAGGUCUUGUCCAUGCAGUCAAUGGGCGUUGGAAUGAUUUUGCCAAACGCGAAUGUCGAUUUCCUGGGCACCAAGAAGCCCGAGGAAGUACCGCGCUUGAUACAUCCAGAUUUGUUCCACGCCCGGAUCAAAAUCCCAACGGUGCAUGUGAGCGGGCAGAACGACUCCCCCUACAUUGGAAAGCAGUCGGGAGUUGCACGAGACCUAUGCACACCUUCGAUUCGGCGGGUGCAUAGUCACGAUGGCGGCCAUGACGUACCCUUUAAGAUAUCCGACGUGAAUGCCAUUGUUCCAUCGAUCAAGGCGAUGGCCGAGGAAGGUACUCAGAUGCGAGACUUGUAUGGGGUUUGA